GAGCUGGGCCGGCAGAUCGCGCGCGAGGAGGAGGAGAAGGGCAAGCUGCAGAGCGACAUCCGGCUGCUGACCGAGCGCCUGGCCCGCCUCAACGAGGGGCUGGCCCGCAAGAUGGCCACGCGCAACGAGUUCGAGCGCACCAUCGCCGAGACCGAGGCGGCCUACGGCAAGAUCCUGGAAAGUUCCCAGACACUGCUAAAUGUCCUGAAGAAGGAAGCGGGGAAUCUGAGCAGAGCCACAGAGCCAAAAGGCAGUGUUGUAAAAGAGAGCUGAGCACAUGGACUCACACAUUCCUAAAUUCUCUCUCUUCUUGGACUGAGAAGAGCUGCUAUCAUUUUGGUAUAUGUAGAGGAAACAAUGUCCAGUAAAAUCUUCAUUUUGCACAA